UUUUGUCUCAACUAGUCGUACAACGUUUCUCGCAUGAGACGGUCAUGUGAUUUGUUGCGCGAGCCGGCAUAUCGUCAAACAUAUUGAGUUAAUUGCAAUAAAGUCGGUUCCUACAAUGUCACACGUCAAUAUUUUCUCCAAAACGUCUGACACCAAGACAAUCAUAAGAUUUAUAAAGGAAAUUGAGAAACAUCCAUGUCUGUACGAUCCGAAAUCCCCAAGUUACAUAGAUCGAGAGUUGAAGAGGAAAACGUGGAUUUAUAUUGCUAAGAAAGCUAAUAGCACGGUUGCGGACUGCAAGGACAAAUGGACAAAAAUACGAACAGCUUAUAUCAGAACUUUGAGGCCAAGUUACAAUGACGGCAUUCGCACUUUUGGCAGACCAUAUUAUUUGGCCAGUCAUCUUAAGUUCAUAUCGCCAAUGAAGAGAAAUGGCAAAACAAAUUGCGAAUAUCGUGUACCAAAAUCAGCAGAAAAGAAUGAAACAGAGAUAAAUGAAGAAGAAGAAGAAGAAUCAGAUGAUUCGGACGACCAUUCCGGCAGUCAAGAUGCGAAUUCUCAACAUGAAGUGUUUUUGGAUGAAGAUAACUUUGAUGAUAAUGAUGACGAUGUCAUGGGUUAUAGUAAUAUUGUGAUUGAUAAAAAAGAUGCUCCACGACAAAAAGACACGAAUGAAGUAAACAAACCAAAAGUCAAAGAAUUUAGGAAUAAAAGUGAACAAAAUAGCGGGGGAAUCGAAAAGCGAAAGUCUUGUAAUGAAAGUAUUGAAUGUAAUCCUAGGAAAAUGUUUGUUUUCAGCCUUCUGCCUGAUAUCGAGGAUUUAAAUGAACAACAAAUGAGAUACUUUAGAAGAGAGGUUAUAAAAUUGAUUGAUAAAGUAAUGUCUGAUUGAAAUUUCAAUGUAUCUUUGUUAACAUUUAAAAUUAAGUUAAAUAUAAAUUUUUCACUUAA